GGGCGCCGCCUGGCAUCAGGAACUCGCAAACGCGCUGCAAUCCGCAACAAUGGCGGCGCCUGCGCUGGUCUCCUGCGAUCGGAGGUGCUACCUCGGGUUUUAAUACGCGCUAUCUUCGGGGCCCCGUUGCCCCUGAGCUCACGGAGCUACCAUGACUUCCCCUUCGCCGAUCUGCGAGCUCGAGGAAGGCGAAAUAAGCGACGACGCCGAGGAGUUGGGCGACUACGAUGCGAGGACCGCCUUGGUGCCUAGGCCUCCGGCCAAACCGUUCGGUAUUGUCGAGCCGUCGUCGCGUGGGCUGCUGCCCCAUCCGCACAAGUGUCGGCGCCGAGUCAACAAUUCUUCCUCCGCGCCCCGCUACUACAAGAAGCCCCUGUCCGUCUUCAACCCGCCCAGCGGGAGCGGUCACCACGACCGCGGCAGUGGGGGCCACUCGCGACCUCCUCCUAGCAGCAGCGGCGUUACCUUGCGCUCGGCCGUUCAGUGCCGACCGCCCGCGAGUCGCGGCUGUGUUUCUCUUCCGUCUUUCGUGUCCCCGCACGACUCGAGGACUAGCGGUGCCAGCAACGACGAUCGGGGCGGGGCGCGCAGGUCGUCGACGACGUCGCACCUCGACCACUACUCGUGGUUCCGCAGGUCUUCCUCGGGUCACUCGAGUCGGGAGAUCGAGAACUCGUCUUCCCACGGCCGCUUCCCGCCACCGCCGCCGACUUCGCAGCGGUCGCGACCCGACCGGAGCCCGCCCCCGCCCUCGUCGCACUCGGGGAGUGCGAGGAAAAGCCAAUCUCAACCCAAGUUCCUGCAGAAUGCGAAUAGCAAUGAACCGUCGUACGAAGAUUUGCUCGCCCAGUACAGGAACAUACAGCACCAGCUUGAAGAUCUCAACAAGCAUAGUAUAGAAGAGCACCACCCAACGAGUACGACGACCCAUGAAAAGUCUUCCAAGACGAGCGAACGCAGAAAAAAGACCCAUAAGCCGAAGUGCAGGAAAGCUCGAAAGAGCCUGUCUGAAGACAAGCCAAAAGAAGCGCUCAACGAAGACGGAAAAGAGCAAGUUCCACCGCUGUCUGCCAUUCCAGUCAUCUGUGAUGGAAACAUCGAAUGCCGCUCUUUGCCGGUCUCUCCGCUUCCUCCGACGCCCCCUCCGCUUCUUCCUCAGGCCAGCGAUGUUAGCGAUGGGGAGGAUGCUGAUCUCAUUGAACUACGGCGCAAGGCUCUGGAAUCAAUCAGAAGUACAAAAACCCCCGAAGUACAAGAGGAAAAGAAUGCAGCAGUUCCUCCGGAUGAGGCCGAAAAUGCAUCAGUGCUUCCGCUGGAAGUGUUGCCAUCCGACUUGCUCGAGGCAGACCGUCCCAUACAGGAAGUCCAGGAAAGGCAGCAGCUGAAGAGAGGCCACCGGCACCCCUGGUACGACCGGGAGCUGACGCAGCAGAUGCGGCGAAAGGACCGUGCCUACCACAAGUGGAAGCGCCACCCGUGCUACGACAACUGGGAGGCCUUCAAGGCCAUCAAGCGCGAGUACCUGCGCAUGCUCAAGCGGAAGCGGGCGGCCUACGCGCAGGCCAAUGGGGGCGAAGAAGACUCGGCCGCGAAGGGUGCAACCACAGGAGGUGGCCUCUCUGGUGCGGCUUCUCUGGUGACCGUCGGCGACGGUGUCAUGACACACACGCUGCCUCUGGACAGCAUUCCACUUCCAAAUGGACAGCACAGUGUCGACAACUACGAAUCGGUCGAGAUGGAAGUGGACAGUGACGAUGGGACACAGACGCCGACUCUAGAAGUGGCAGCUGGGAGCGACGAGGAGGACGAGGAAGCUCUGCGUGCCCAGCUGCUGCAGGCAGUGCUGCAGAAAAGGCGGCGCAAACCGAAGACGCCUGAAGCCCAGCACCAGCAGGUUCAACAGAUUCAACAACAGCAUCUGCAGCAGUUGCCUCAACAGCAGCAGCAGCAGCGCAGUAACCAUCGGACUCCCUUGUCCCCGCUGGACAAUGCCACUGCUCUUGCCACGCAGCCACUGGUUGAGGCCAGAGAGACCAACGGAACCGCUUCUCCGAAUGGUGUACCGCCAAAGACCACCUCACCUGCCGUCUUUGUCACGCCCAAGGGGAGACAAGUGCCAAAGGGUGCAGAUGCCACAUUUGUUGAAACAAAAAUGACGGAACCUGUGGUCAUCAACCUCGGCGUGGAUGACACGACGUCGGAGGAAGAAGACGAAGAGAGUGAAGUUGAAGAAGAGCCUUUGCCAGCCAUUGAGAACAGCUUCUCUCUUGGCCUCGACAAGCUCCUCAAAGAGGCUCGUCAGAAGGCUCAGGUUCCGCCCCCACCGAGUGCGCCAGAGGCCCCGGCGCUAGCCGCCACGCCUGUCUCGGUGAUGAAGCUGUCUCAGGCUCAGCAGUUGGAGUACCGUCGCCUCAAGGCCGAAAUUGCUCGCCGGGAGUUGCGCUCGGUCAUAGGUGAAGGCAAGGCGGACAGUGUGACGCAGCAGCAGCUCAACCGGGCUCGACGUCUGAAACAGCAAGCUUCGGCCAAGCGGUCGCUCGAGGCUCUGGAGAAUACGCUACACACGGAACGGAAAGCCCUGCGCCUCGAGGGCAAGCGCAUGGACGCCCUCAAGGCUGAGGUGCUGACCAAGAAGUCUGCCGUGCGCGGCACCCAUGUCCGGAUUCAGCGGCUGCGAGAGCAGCUGGCAACCCUGGAGCGCCUGAUGGCUGGGCACGGCUUAGAUAUACGCAAGGCCAACAUCCAGCUUCAGGCACUGCAGAUGGCCAUCGACAAACGGAAAGGCCACAUUGAGAAGCUGGAGAACCAGUGUAACGUGCACGGGAAGAUCGUGUACGGCGACAAGUACCAGCUCCCCGCGACACCCGAGGGCGCCCCUGGGGCCGCACCCACGGCAAAGCGAAAAAUCUCGAUCUCCUCUCUGCAGCAGACUCCAAAACGAGCUCGGAUCACGGGCCCGGACUCUGCAGACAAAGCAGCAGCGCCCGCUUUGACGAAGCGGACCAGUGCGGCUCUUCUCGCCGAGAAGAUCCGUCUGCAGAAGCUUGAGGCAGAAAUGCGGCUGCGCCUGCAGGAGCUGAAACAGAGCUCGCUCGCCAAGUCUUCCACGACCACCCCAGCGACGGCAGUCGCCACGACGACAACACCGGUCGCAACUUCCGAAGCACCAUCAAAGGCUGUGUCAGCACCUGCGACGUCGUCGCCAAGGCCAGAGUCGCCGGUGCUGUCGCCUGCGAGAGCAGCAGCGUCGAGGAAAGUAGUGGUGACGAAGGCCGCAGGGAAGGUUGCACCAGUGGCCUUGGCAAGGACUGCUGGCCAAGGCCAGGCUGUGGUUGGUGCAGAAACAACUGUCCCGACGGUGACAGUCACCAUCACCGUUGGCAGCAAUAGUGAGGCCAGCAGUGAGGCCAGUAGUGAGCCAGCGCUAUGCAAACACCGAACUGCCAUGGAAGCCAUGUUCCUGGAACACUGUCAGAAGCAGCUGCAGACAAGGCAUCCCACCAUUGGACUCUCUUCAUCAGAGUUCUCGUUACCGCAGAAGGACGCAUUAAAGAAAUUGGAACUGUGCCUGCUUCGGCAACCAAAAGACACCGCCAUGACGUCCACGUCGGUGCAGCACCCCGUGAAUGUUUCGGUGCCGUACACAAGCCCACUCCUGUGCUUCCGGGGCUACCGGCUCAACCCAAACUACAUGAAGCAGCCGGGCCAAUCGCUCGAUAGCACCUCCUAUGCGCACAAAAUGCACUGUCGCACCCAUCUCUGCCGUUACGAGCUCAACGGAACAUGCUACGAUGAGCGAUGCGGGGGGCAGCAUAAGAAAGACUACAUGUGCACCCCUGAUGAAAUCCUCAUGGACUUGGCGCUGUACUCACCGGUGCUUCUGAACACCUCGCCAUCUGAUUCUCCCCAGCAGUGGAAGCAGAAGGCCGAAAUCUAUGUGGCCAACAUGAAACGGAAACACAAGGGCCUGGACACCCAUGCCCUGUGCCAGCUGAUCAUCACUGACGUGAACCGAAGUCUCAAAAAAGUGGCGCCGCAUUACACGGCCUUCCAGAGACGAGGUUGGGUCUUCCAGCAGUCACAAGAACCAUCGCGAGAGUUAAAGUCACUUGAUGCAGCUGAUAAGCCAACUCAACUGGCCACCGAGAAAGAUUGGAGGUGCCUGCUGCAACAGCAGAUGACCGAGGUCGACGACCCCGAGCUCCUGGACCUGGAGCAGGACUUCCGGUACUUCGACUCGUCGCAUCUUGGCACGGCCGCCCUGGAGCAGCUUGUCAUCGAGCAACCCCACAACGUUGAGCUCUGGUUGCGGCUUGCCUAUCGGCACCUGUACGCCAAGCACAACAGCGAUGAAGGUGACCCUGAAGCCAGGCUGGACCAAGCGCUAAACGUGUUCUCACAAGCUCUGGAGAACAAUCGGGCGAGCCCCGAGGUGUGGCGUCACUACCUCGGGUGGUACGCGGCGCACCCGCAGUGCUCCGACCUGGACUACCUGUGCCACAAGGCGCUGGACUACUGCAACCACAACUCCGUCUGGUGGAAGUGCGUGACGCUGGUGGACGCCCUGCCCUCCAAGUGCCAGCUGUGUCAGCAGCAGCUGUACAACCUGAGCCAGGGAGUGUCGGACGGCAAGCAGCCGGACUCGCUGUGCGUCCUCGAGGUGGUGCUCUACUGGGCGCAGCUGUGCGCCAUCGCCGGCAACAUGCCGCUUGCUUUCCUCAUCCUCAAGACAUCCGUAAAGUCUGUCAUCAAGUUCGAGCACUUCGUGGACCUGUCGGACGCUGGCGAGCUCCUGGACAUGACGACGCGAGACAUCCUCCAGUGUGCCAACAUGCUCCUCUCGCCAAGCCACCUGUGCUUCCUGUGGCUGUGCUAUCUGCACUUUGCCGAGUUCCGCUCCCUGCCGGCCGGACUGUUCUGCAUCGAACGCGGAUCUGUCGGUCGGCUGUGCUCCACGGACCCUUUCGAGAUCCCCUGGGACCAGCGCGGGGCCCUGACCCAGUCACUGGACACUCUGUUGAGUGCCUUCCACGAGGCGGUAGACGAACUUGGCGGGCCCGACAAGUGUGUUCCCCUGUUCGUCAAUCACUUGAAGCUUCUUGCUAGCCAGUCAAUGGGACCAGCUGCUGUACAGCUCUGCAGUGCGGCCCUGGAAGACAAUCCAGGUUGGUCCGACGGCUGGCUGCAGCUUGUGGAGCUCCACCUCAAGGCUGGGGAUGUGGAGGAAGCCACUAAUGUAUUGCAGAGAGGCCUGUCGCGGCUACCAACAGAUCCACGACUCUUGUUCAGAGCGGCGACGGGAAACUUCGUCCUGCCAGGCGACGUAGUUGAAGAGCUGCUGGAGAACUUUGUGGCCCACUACUUCCAGGUCGAUGACAACCUAGUUGGUCUCCAGCGAAGCACUGCAGAACCCUGCAUAUCGUUCCCAAAGCUUGUGGAAGAACGUAACAGUCAUGCCAUCUACAUGCGUCUCAAUUUCAUUGAGUUGUUCAAGCUGUCGGGAGCGCCUGCCAGAGAUGUGUGCGAACUCUACGAGACCCUCCUGACGGUCUCGGACACGACGUCGGACGUGCAGCUUGCCUGGUGGUGGUACUUGAACUAUCAGCUCGAGGCUGUCGUCCGGCGCGAAGGCGGCUCUGCGGCCACUGUGAGUGGCCUCGUGCAGCGUUGCCUGGAAAGCGUGCCCACCCGCAGACCCCUGCCCACGGAGCCGAGAAAGAUGUGGAGCGACUGGAACUUCACAAACCACAUGCUCAACCUGCUCGCGGCACACAUGACCUCACCGCGCGACGCAGCCGAUCUCCUCUGGUCUUACCUGCAGGAUCGGAUAAAACUGAACCCGGCGCUGGUCCAACGAGUGGCGGAGCUGUACCUGCAGUCCAACGACAGGGACCGGGCAGAGACCGUGCUGCGGGCAGCCCUGGUGCCGGGCCUCCAGUCGCUGCGACUCUGGCAACUAGGUAUCCAGCUGGCGGCCACUGAAGGGGACAGCUAUGAGGUGCAUCGGUUGUUUGAGGCCGCUGUGCUAAGCAUGCCGUAUCAUGCUGACCUCUGGUGCCACUUCCUCAUCUACGAGCUGACCCAGGGUCACGUGGAGCACGCCCAGAAGGUGGUUGAGUCGGCUUCCAAGUACCAGGUGCCUGGUGCCCAGGAGAUCCUGGACAGCUUCCUUGCCAAAGAAAUGACGGAAGAGGAUGCACUGAAACGCCUCAGCAUCUUCCUACUACCGCCGUGAAGGUUGCGUGCCACUGCAGCUGUCGAGGGGGUCGUCUGGGGUGUGCUUUGACACCCCAUAGGCGGCCUGUUGUAAGUACGUUCACACCAAAAGGGUGUAGUUGCACAGACUCCCUCCAACUCCUCCCUCUCCCUUCUUCCCCACCACCCCUCUCCCCUACUUAUGCCCCCACCCCCACCCCACCUCUUGUACGUAUGCCUCCAUUGCCAUCGUUGGGUCUUUUGCUUUCGUACCCGUUUGCCCUGGCAUUAGGUUCUCGACCUCUUUCUUCGCUCUUCUUAGUUUUUUUUUUUUUUUUCACUUGCCUUUUUUCUAUGCCGUUCUCUGGUGCUCCGCAAGCACCAGUUGGCACCGAAACCCACCGCCCUAAAUUUUGUUCCUUCUGGUCAUCUGGCAAGGGCUCACUGAAAGUUGAGUGGCCAGGUUUGACUGUAUUCACUUAAGUGGCUCUGCAUUCAUCUGCAUGCGGAAUCAGCCUUAUGCACUUUUCUGGAUGAAUGGACAAUAACUCCACGUGUUUUUAUUUUUAUUUUUACUUUCCUUUUACAUUAAUUUUUUUCUUUUUUCUGUGACUUGAUUUACUUCUUUCCUGGUGCCAAGCAGUCACUUUGGAGCUUCAUAUGUGCAACGGCAUGUUCGUUGCAAUGUUUCGACAAGGGAAGUUUUAUGCUGCGCUUUUCCUGUCCAUCUUCCACGCACAUUUGUGCUGUGAAGGUUUGAAGGAUAAAAAAAAAAAAGCAAAAAGGACGGCUGAAGGAAAAAGAAAACAAUCUCCGUCAUCGGUCUGUUGCAGUAUUGUGGGUAGUAACAGGAAAAAAAAAAAGCUGUGCACGGUAUGGUGGAACAGUGGAGACGUUUUUAUUGACGGAAGAGGCGGCAAAGCGAAGCGUGUAGAUGGACACGGCAAGGAAAAUGGAUGCUAAGCGGACGACACAUCGUCGUCUUUUUCUCCUCGGCAAGCGACGGAUUUGACCGGCGUUGACGGCAACGACAAAGCCCACUCCCCAACGACCUGCAUCUGUGAUACAAGACUGUCUCCUUGACGCGACCUGAACCUUCUGUGCCCGCCGCCGUGCCAAGGGGCGGGGACGGGGUCGUGCACGAUUUCCCGUGUGAUUGCAUGGCAGCGAACGUUUGGGCCUGUCUUUAGCGUGGCAGUUCACUCGCUUCCUUAUUGCAAUUGGUCCUCGGUUGAAGCCAUUUAUUAAUAUAUUUUAUUUCCUACCGAGGCUGUAAAUAAAGUAGUCUCCUUUCCUGAGAUAGUGCAUACUGCAGUACCUGCAAAGGUUUUUUUUUUUUCUUCUUUCGUCUAGUCUAUUAAAUUUAGUUGCCAUCUUGUUGCCAUUUCCUAAAGGUUAUUUUGUCUUCCAGGUGUUCCGUAGCUUGAUCUUUUUUUGUGUUGGCUUUCCAUAGCCUGGAUCUUUUCGAUAAAGUCAAGUCUGGCCAUUUAAGAGGAGUGCCAUGCAAACACACUUGUGUAAUGUGUCAAAUGCCGUUCACUACCUUGGACGCCAUUGUUGUUUUCAUUUUUUGUAAAAAAAAAGAGAGAAUGGAAAUCGUUUUCUUACGCCUGUCUCAUGGCAUUUGUACAUACUCUUGGGUCCACUGCCCUGUGUAUAUAUUAAAGAGAUGUUUUGAA